AUGGGCCGAGGGUCGGGGUGCUCGGAGCUGGGGAUGGCCGGAGCUGCCGGCCGCUGCCCGGAUUGCUCGGAAGCCGACCGGGGUCGGGGAAGGGGCCGCGGGGUCCCUCCGUGCGUUCCCCACCUGGGGAUGGCGGUGGAUGAGGGCGAUGUGCUGCCCGGGGCGCUGCGGCUGGUGCGGGAGCUGAGACCCGGCUGGCAGCCGGCGAGGGUGAAGACCAAGCUCUUCACCGACGGCAUCACCAACAAGCUCGUGGCCUGCUACACGGACGAGGACAUGGUGGACGCCGUGCUGGUCCGCAUCUACGGCAGGAAAACGGAGCUCUUCGUGGACCGGGAGACGGAGCUGAGGAACUUCCAGGUGCUGCGCGCCCACGGCUGUGCCCCCGACCUCUACUGCGCCUUCCAGAACGGGCUCUGCUACGAGUUCCUGCCCGGCAUCGCCCUGGGGCCCGACCACGUGCGGGACCCCCACAUAUUCAGGCUGGUGGCCCAGGAGAUGGCCCGGGUGCACGCCAUCCACGCCAACGGGAGCCUCCCCAAGCCCAUCCUCUGGCAGAAGCUGCACAAAUACCUCACCCUCGUGAAGAUGGACCUCAGCCCAAAGGUACCCAACCCCAGCCUCCACCAGGACGUGCCCAGCCUGGAAACUCUUGAACACGAGCUGGCCUGGAUGAAGGAGACGCUCUCCCAGCUGGGUUCCCCGGUGGUGCUGUGCCACAACGACCUGCUCUGCAAGAACAUCAUCUACAACAGGACGCAGGAGCAAGUUCGUUUCAUCGACUACGAGUACACCGGCUACAACUACCAGGCCUUCGACAUCGGGAACCACUUCAACGAGUUUGCGGGCGUGAAGGAGGUGGAUUACCGCCUCUACCCCAGCAAGGAGACCCAGCUGCAGUGGCUGCGCUCCUACCUGCAGGCCUACAAGCAGCUCACCCAGGGCGAGCAGGGGGGCACGGGGCCGGCCGUGUCUGACAAGGAGCUGGAGGCUCUCUACGUGCAAGUGAACAAGUUUUCCUUGGCAUCCCAUUUCCUCUGGGCAUGCUGGGGCCUGAUCCAGGAUAAAUACUCUACCAUAGACUUUAACUUCUUAAGAUAUGCAAAGCUAAGAUUUAAACAGUACUUCAAGAUGAAGCCGGUGGUCACAGCCCUGCAGCUCUCCAAAUAGCAUCUCUGGCCCGUGAGACCCUGAGCUAUUUUGUCCUUGCUGCGUCCACAGCCCCGGCACCCCCCU